AUGGCGGACCUGCGGGUGGCCGUCGAGGCGGACGUCGUGAAACAGCGGGAGAAGGUGGCCGCCCUGGAGGCCGAGGCGGCCGAGGCGGCCGAGAGGGCCCAGGAGGCCUUGGUGCUCGCCUCCAGCGCGGAGGCGCGGGCCAUCGAGCUCGCGGGCGCAGCCGCUCGCGCGCGGGCGAAGCUGGACGAGGCCGAAAGCUGGCUCGCGGAGAGCGUGGAGCAGGCGGCCAGGUCGGAGUGGGCGGAGCCCGAGGCUCACGCGCUGUGGGGGGGCGGUCGGGACCUCCACUGGGAGGACGCGGCGAAGGUGCUGGAGCUUCUCGAGAAGCUCAAGGAGCAGGCGCAGGUGGUGGCGAAGCGGCUGGUGGAGCAGGUGGACGAGCAGGACGACGCGGGCGUCGCCGAUUGGGCCGCGCGCGUGCUGCUUCUCGGCAACUUGUCAGUGGUCCCAGACGAGCCCAAGUCGCCUCGGGGCCAGGGCGACCCUGAGAACGUAUGGAUCUUCGGUGACGAGCACAGCGAGCCCCGUUGCGAGCUGACCGUGCCGUCGCGCCUCGCGUACCCGUUCAUGCGCACCUUCGCGAAGCUCACGGGCGAGUUUCCAGACGCCGCGGUGUUCUUAAGGCUGCUGGAGAUGACUGGCUGGGAGUCUCUGGAGCGCGAGGACGGUGGCGCUUGCGGGUGGACAUUCCGCGCGCUCGACUUGCGGGAGCGGGCAAAUCGGA